AUGUUUGCUAGUUCUUCCCGGGGGGGUCCGGCCCCCAAGGGCCGGGGGGCCACUGGAGGAGGGGGCAAAUACAGCCUGGAGGAGCUCUACGGCCUGAACAAAAAGAGCAAGACGCGUGGGGGGGACGGCGUCCAGCGACGAAGCCCCAAGAGGCAGGGGCUCCCUCUGGGCUCGGACGGGGAGGCCGUGUUUUCUCCCCAGGGAGUGGAGGCCACCAGGUGCUGCCUGGAGAAGCGUCGGAUGGAGAGCUACCUUAUGGAGGCCGGGAUGACGGUGGAGGAAGCCAAGAGGAGCCAGACCAGCAUGAGACACAGGAAUCUCGGGAAGUCGGGUCUGCGAGUCUCUUGUCUUGGCCUCGGUACCUGGGUGACAUUUGGGUCCCAGAUCUCAGAUGAGGUGGCGGAGAGCGUGCUCACCAUCGCUUACGAAAACGGGGUCAACCUCUUUGACACGGCCGAAGUCUACGCCUCUGGGCUAAAAGGGUCCCUGCAGAGGCUUCAGCUGGGAUACGUCGACAUCGUCUUCGCUAACCGGAUGGAUGCUAACAGCCCCAUGGAAGAGAUCGUCCGAGCCAUGACGUACGUCAUCAACCAAGGCAUGGCUAUGUACUGGGGGACCUCUCGCUGGAGCGCCAUGGAGAUUAUGGAAGCCUACUCGGUAGCCCGUCAGUUCAACCUCAUCCCUCCCGUGUGCGAACAAGCGGAAUAUCACAUGUUCCAGAGGGAAAAGGUGGAGACCCAGCUUCCAGAAUUGUAUCACAAGAUCGGAGUAGGCGCCAUAACUUGGUCUCCGCUGGCCUGUGGACUCAUCACGGGGAAAUAUGAGGAGCGAGUGCCAGAAAACUGCCGGGCUUCCAUGAAGGGCUACCACUGGCUGAAGGAGAAGGUGCAGAGCGAAGACGGGAAGAAGCAGCAAAGCAAGGUGAAAGCGCUCCAGCCCAUCGCUGAACGCCUGGGCUGCACGGUGGCGCAGCUGGCCAUUGCCUGGUGUCUCCGCUCGGAAGGGGUCAGCUCCGUGCUCCUGGGGGUCUCCAGUGCCGAGCAGCUGAUUGAGAACCUGGGAUCAAUUCAGGUCCUAACCCAGCUGACCCCUCAAGUCAUCCAGGAAAUAGACGCGGUCCUGGGGAACAAGCCCAACGCCAAGAAGGAGUCCCGGGCGUAG